UGAGUAUUUUUUUUAAGUAGUGCCGCUUCCUCGUUUCCCUCGGACGCUUUCCCCACCGCAAAAACGCUCCCCCAAAUUCCCAUCGCCCUUUCUCCAACCCCACCUCUCACUCAAAACCCUCGCCUCCAUGGCCGCUGCCGCCUCCGCCUCCUCCUUGGAGGCCGUCAAGGCGGCGAAGGUCCUCAUGGUCGGGGCGGGAGGAAUCGGGUGCGAGCUGCUCAAGACGCUCGCUCUCUCCGGAUUCCGCGACAUACACAUCAUUGACUUGGACACAAUUGAGGUUAGCAAUCUAAAUAGACAGUUUUUAUUUCGGCAGAGUCAUGUUGGGCAGUCAAAAGCUAAAGUUUCUCGGUAUGCUGUUUUGAAAUUCAGGCCAAAUAUCAAUAUAACAUCAUAUCAUGCAAAUGUGAAGGAUGCUCAAUUCAAUGUUAAAUUCUUCAAGCAAUUUAAUGUGGUUCUGAAUGGUCUUGAUAAUUUGGAUGCUAGACGGCAUGUUAAUCGCCUUUGCCUUGCUGCUGAAGUUCCUUUAGUUGAAAGUGGUACUACUGGUUUUUUGGGACAGGUUACUGUUCACGUCAAGGGUAAAACAGAGUGUUAUGAAUGUCAGCCAAAGCCUGUCCCUAAAUCAUAUCCUGUCUGCACAAUUACAAGCACGCCAUCGAAGUUUGUUCACUGCAUUGUUUGGGCAAAAGACCUGCUUUUUGCAAAGCUGUUUGGAGAUAAAAACCGGGAUAAUGAUCUUAAUGUGCACUCGAAAGAUGACAGCAGUUCAAAAACUGAUUUAUUUGAAAGGAAUGUAGAUGAAGAUCUUGAGCAGUAUGCCCGGCGAAUAUUUGAUCAUGUCUUUGGUUACAACAUCGAAGUUGCCUUAGCUAAUGAGGAAACUUGGAAAAAUAGGAAAAGACCAUACCCAAUAUAUGUCAGAGAUGCAUUGCGUGAAGAUGCUGUUCAGCAAAAUGGUUGCUCUCAGGACACCAAGAACGCAGGGCAGGAAUCAUCUGCUAUGGCGUCUCUAGGUCUUAGAAAUACACAAGAGAUAUGGAGUCUCGCAGACAAUUCAAAAGUUUUCUUAGAGGCUUUAAAAUUAUUUUUCGAAAAAAGAGAAAAGGAUAUAGGGAACCUUAUUUUUGACAAGGAUGACCAGUUGGCUGUUGAGUUUGUUACUGCUGCAGCUAAUAUCAGAGCUUCCUCUUUUGGAAUACCACUGCAUAGCCUUUUCGAAGCUAAAGGUGUUGCUGGGAACAUAGUCCAUGCUGUUGCAACAACUAAUGCUAUAAUAGCUGGUUUGAUUGUUAUUGAAGCAAUCAAAGUGCUCAAGGGUGAUUAUCAGAAUUAUAGAAUGACAUAUUGUCUUGAACAUCCUUCAAGGAAUAUGCUUUUGAUGCCUGUAGAGCCUUUUGAACCUAAUAAGUCAUGCUAUGUCUGCUCUGAGACCCCUCUUAUUCUGGAGGUUAACACUAAGACCACAAAGCUAAGGGAGGUCAUUGACAAGGUUAUAAAAAGCAAACUUGGAAUUAACUUUCCUUCGGUAAUGAUUGGCUCCACAGUUAUUUUUGAGGAUGGUGAUGGCUUAGAGGAGGACGAGGCUGUAAAUUAUGCUCUAAACCUUGAGAAGAUCUUGGCUGAACUGCCUGCUCCAGUUGUUAAUGAUACAAAGCUUGCCGUCGAGGAUUUCCAGCAGGAAUUAAAAUGCAGCAUCAACAUCAAACACAGGGAUGAGUUCGAUGAGGAGAAAGAGCCUGAUGGAAUGGUUCUAGCUGGGUGGUCUGGUCCAGUGGAUAAGCAGAUAACCAGUAAUGGUGAGAUAAGAUCAGUCCCAUCUUCAUCCAGAGAUGAUGUUGAUGGUACUGCCGAGGAUAUAUCUGCGAAGCCUGGAAUGAAGCGCAAACUGAAUGAAAUAUUAGAUUCGAAGGAAAAUUGUGAUACUGCCCAGAAUCCUACAGAUGUUAGUUCCAAUAGCGCUCAAGUUGUUGAAGAUGACGAUGACGAUGUUCUUAUGUUUGAUGAGGAUCCGAAGCUAGGCAAGAGAAAGAGAUUGCAAUAGCAUAUUAGCGUCUCACUCCUGAGAUAAAAGCUCUUGUUAACUCCUGGUAUCAUGGCUAACGCAUUGUUCCAACGUAGCAACUUUUGUAACUUAUCCGUUUGGUGAUGUGCUAGGCUGAUGAUGUUGAGCUAUUAGUAGUUGUAGCCGGGACAAUUUUUGGCUUUAGAUACCGCCCUGUCGGAAUGUAUAUUUUGUAGCUUUUAGGCACAAGAGCAGCUAAUACCCUGCUGACAGUCUGCUUCAGGGUUGCACUCUGUAUAUCAAGAGCCAAGGUCUUGGUAAUGGUGAUAAGUUUUUGCUC